GUCAGAAGGUGGUUGGUUCGAUGCGCUCCAACUCGCUAGAGAACACCACCGUGGUCGCUACCAUCAGCGCUGAUGGUCACACGUGGGCACCAACCAUUAUCUUCAAAGGGCAACGACUUCAGGCCGAUGGGUUUGAAGAGCGAAACGGCCCGGAGGGUGCGAGGUACACCUGUACGGGUUCUUCGUUCAUGCAGGGAGACGUACUCAUCGCCUACUUGAAGGAUUUCCACAAGCAGCUCGGCGACCGAGGGUUGCUCGACGGAAAACCCCACAAACUCUUGCUCGAUGGACUUGCAUCACACGUGAGCGUGGAGGUAAUCAGGCUGGCCAUGAAUCUCAAAACCAUCUUGUUCCAGCUACCCUCCCACACGUCGCACAUCACCCAGCCCUUGGAUGUCGUCGCCUUCGGACGCUUUAAGAAAUCGGUGACCAGAGUUUUGGCGUUCUUCUACCACAACUCCGGCGGGUUGUUGCCGCUGAAAUGCGACAUGCCCGGCGUGAUCGCGGAUGCUUGGAAAUCGAGCUUUACACCGGAGAUAAAUAAAUCAUCAUUCGCUGAGGCGGGCUUGUGGCCUGUGAACAAGGAGCGGGCGCUGGGCCGGCUGAAGGGCACAGCGAAGAAGAAAGAGCGGCGAGGCGAGCGCCCACCCCUACAGGUUGUCCCCGUCGCCGCCCUCAAUGAGCAGCUGGAAAAAGAUAUCGGAGAAAGGGCCCUCAGGUUGCUGAGGGGGCAAGGGCACACCGUCACGGGAAUCCGAGUAGGCACGGUGUUACUCGGUGGCCUCUUGACUCAAAGGAAGCGCGCAAAGAAGAUGGCGACCUCGCGGGUCUUGCUUGGCCUUCCCAACGGAGGCAACAUUACCGCGCCUGAGUUCCUGAAAGCUGUUGCCGAAAAAGAACGCGCAGACAAGGCGGAGAGCGACGCUAAGGCUGCGAGGACGAAAGUCCGCGAAGAGAAGAAGGCAGAAAAAGCGGCCGCGGAGCUGUUGCGGCAGGCGCGCAUGGCCGAUAGUGAGGCGAGCGGGCGGGGGGAGGGAGGCGGGGGCCGCGGUGUUGGUCGUGGACACGGUGUGGGAGAGCGUGGCCGGGUGGGGGGGCGCGGUCGGGUGGCUGGAGCAGGAGGGAAGACUUUGUCGGAACGUCAACCAGCGCCCUCCGUGUCCAGGGCUGGACGACAACGGACGCCGACACCCGUUGUCAACGUGUAACCGUAUGGAUAUUUGUCACGUGUCCUGACGGGUUCAGAUUUGAAUCGAACACGCCCAAAUGGUCAUGAAGUUGUACCCGCAGUCGAUAUGCACCCUGUAGAACGUCGCAUGUGGUUCGUAGGCUAUGCGACGGUGAUUUUAGGGCGUGCCAGCACCCGGGGGGCAGGAUGCACAGGUUUUGUGCCCAACCCGGGGGUGUCAUCGUUUUGUCCCCGGGUGACCUGUGUGUGUGUGUGUGUGUGUUUUGCGAUAGAUGUUUUUCACAUGCUCACAGGUUCCCUCAGAAGCGCUGGUCGCGGGGGUGCAAAGGUGUUUUGAAACAACAGUUGUUUUCGGCGUUAAUUCUUACCGUAGCAGCAAGCCUAAAAUCAGGGAAAAAGUAUCCUUGUUUGACCUUUAAUAUUUCAUCAGGUGUGCUCCUAUGGGCGUGGAAUUGUGCGUACAGUCGAAACAUACACUGUAGAACGUCGUGUGGUUCGUACCCUAUGUGAUGGUGACGUUCGUGCGUUCCAGUACCGGGGGGGGGAGGGAUGCACGGGUUUAGACCGAAAACCCGGGGACGCGGUGGUUCUGUCCCCGGGGUGGCUUUUUUUUUAUUCUGAACUUGUUUCUCACUCAUGUUUAAAGAUCCCCUCCAAAGGUUGUGUCGUGGGGAUGAAUGAGUAUUCCUCAAUGGUGGAUACAGUUUGGCGGUGUUCGGCGUGAAUUCUUACCGUUACAGCGGCAAGGUAAAUCAGGAAAGAGUACCCAUAUUUGACCAAGC